UGACGUAACUAGGCCUAGGCCAGUGUUACUUUGCGCUCGUAUACUUUGAUGUGUGCAGCUUGUCAUCAUCUAGCAUCCCCUGUGAUAAAUCAUAAAUGUUUCCCUAUGCCUGGUUGUAAACAUACAAGCCGUAGGUGUGUAUUAUUUCUUGCAGAACUAAUUUCAUUGGGAUGGCCUCAAAUCAGUCACUCCGACUCUGACAUUGUCGACCACUGUCAUGAUUUUUAUAAUCUUCAAAACAUGCCCGAGAACCACGCACCUAGUUUGUUUAAAGUAGCGUCACUUUACAAUGCAGUGAAUACGUUCCUCUGAGAUUUAUUGACUUGUUGAUAGAGACCAGGCAGGCACAGUGAACAGUGCCAACCAGAGGCACUCAGACAGACAGAGAUGAUCAGAUCAGCAAUAGUUACCAUACUGCCAAGCAUUUCUUUUGAGUGUAACUAUGAUCCCUAGAUCCUGCGGCGUGGCUAACUGUUAAACCUGUUUAAGCUGACACUGUGCCCUGAGCGUCAGAUUAGCCUGGAGUGUAGCCGCUCUGACAAGACGACCUGGUUAACUUACCUACAGUGCUGUAUAUAAACUAGAGUACCUGUGUUUACUGUAUAAAGCUGCCACUAGCUGGAACAGUUGCAACAGCCAACACAGUCACACUUGUACAGGGAGAUUAAACAGCUGCCAUCAUCACACCUAUUUUAUUUCACUCCGCUCGUGUAUUGUGUUACACACUCUGUAAUGUAACAGGACAGAGACAUAACUGAACCAUGUUAUGCUUGUCUGGAUUUGGCAUUGCUGUCAGAAAGGAUUGGCCCACUGUUCUGGCUUUGGACCGUUUGAUUUGUUCCUCUAUGUACAAAAUGUUGGAGAGACUUUGUGCGUCCAAAAGGACCUCAUAAUAUCUGACGUUUUUUUAAAUUUCUGCGAUUGGAUGGGGGAUGUUUAGUCCUUGUGGGUGUUAUGUUGUUCUACGGCAACUUAGUUGGUCAUCAGAAAAUUAAUCAACAACUUGGAUAAUUGAUUAAUUGUUUAAGUCAUAUUCACUUUUCUUUGGUUUACAUCAUUGUUUUUGGUUGGUCGGACAUCAUCAUCUUGGGCUCCGUACGUCAUCUGAAAUGAAAUAAAUGUCAGGUUAAUCAAUAACUAAACUAAGUCCUACAUGAAACAAAGAAAAGCAGCAAAUCCUGACAAAGGAGGGGCAGAAACUAGGAAAUGUUUGGCUUUUUUGCUUGAAAAUGAACUCUGACAAUUAAGAGAUUAUCAAAACACCUUUUCUGUCGUCUACGAAUAGUUUCAGCUCUAUUCAUUAUACUUUCAAAGCUAUUACAGGGAGAGAAAUUGUCAGACAUGUCACAAAAGUCUAUGGCUACAGUAGGUUUUGGAGGUUUUGUUCCCUAGUAUCUUAUCAAUCUGACCUAAUAUGCACGACUGAAUUUCUGCUACAUGGCAUUUUGGUACACCUGUUCUUCGAAUACCACAGUAGACACCCAGUCUCUGUUUAAAUUCCUCAGGUGAAUGUCAACUCUGUUUUCAUUCCUGUUGCUUCUAUUCACUGCAUAUGCGUCAUGUUUGUUGAUGUGUUACACCUGUUUUUAUGUACAUGAACUCUAUAUUUCUCUCUGUCUUCUCUUCCGUAUCAUCACCAUCCAUGUGGGUGAUUGUUCCUGCAAAACCUUGGUGAUCAAUAGAGACUUUUGUGAAAGAGUUUCUAGCCAAAGCCAAAGAAGAUUUCUUACGGAAAUGGGAAUGCCCACCACAGAGCACAACGUGCCUAGAUGACUUUGAGAGAUUAAAGACCCUGGGUACCGGCUCAUUUGGAAGAGUCAUGCUGGUGAAACACAAAGGAACAGAGCAAUACUUUGCCAUGAAAAUACUGGACAAGCAGAAGGUGGUGAAACUCAAGCAAAUAGAACACACAUUAAACGAGAAGAGGAUAUUACAGGCUGUGAGCUUCCCCUUUCUCGUCAAACUUGAGUAUGCGUUUAAGGACAACUCCAAUUUGUACAUGGUGAUGGAGUACGUUCCAGGAGGAGAGAUGUUCUCACACCUAAGACGAAUUGGAAGGUUCAGUGAACCACAUGCACGGUUUUAUGCCGCCCAGAUAGUGCUGACAUUUGAGUACCUCCAUUCACUAGAUCUCAUAUACAGAGAUCUGAAACCCGAGAACCUUCUCAUUGACCACCACGGCUACAUUCAGGUGACAGACUUUGGAUUUGCCAAGCGGGUAAAAGGCAGGACUUGGACGUUGUGUGGGACACCGGAGUACCUGGCGCCAGAAAUCAUCCUCAGCAAAGGCUAUAACAAAGCUGUGGACUGGUGGGCCCUCGGAGUCCUUAUCUACGAAAUGGCAGCUGGCUACCCUCCCUUCUUUGCAGAUCAGCCUAUUCAGAUCUACGAGAAGAUCGUGUCUGGGAAGGUGCGUUUCCCGUCCCACUUCAGCUCCGACUUGAAGGAUCUGUUGAGAAACCUGCUGCAGGUGGAUCUGACGAAACGUUACGGCAACCUGAAGAACGGAGUCAACGACAUCAAGGGCCACAAAUGGUUUGCUACAACAGACUGGAUCGCAAUCUAUGAGAGAAAGGUGGAAGCCCCGUUCAUACCAAAGUGCAGAGGCCCAGGGGACACCAGCAACUUCGACGACUACGAGGAGGAGGAAAUCCGCGUUUCUUUAACGGAAAAAUGCGCGAAGGAGUUUGCAGAGUUUUAGGAUGCGAGAACAUGGAUAUAUCAGGGAAAUAAGGGGAUCUUUGCACUCUUCUAAAGACUUGGGAUGGAGCAGAGACCAUCGUUUUUCAGAUCUACUACAUAGUCCCUUCAUUCCAUAAGGCUGAAUGAGGUCGCCAUGAUCCUUGGGUGCCGAUAACCUCUCACUGUCACGUACACCUGCGUAAUAAAGCAGACACACCACUUUUUUCUUUUUCUUUUUUUUUGUACCUACCCACUGGUUUUUUUUUUUUUACUUUGAAGCAGUUAGUCUUGGAUGUUGUUAUCCCCUUUUAAAAUGUGAUAUUUUUUCAAUUUAUGAGGAAAAACUGAGACAAUGGCCAAUAAUAGUCCGCACAUUGUAACCGACUUGUCUAUGGCAGUUUGACACACAGUCACGUGGGUUGUAGACGAUUUCCUCUAGUCGUCAGCGGUGUAAAUGAAUGGUCUGUUACAAGUCCACAUCACAUUGGCUAUUGUAAAAUUCUGGCCAGUUUUCAGAGGUAGCAUUUGUCCUAUGUGCAUAUCUGUCAGUUUUUGUAAGAUAUUUGAACACGGUGAGUGUUGAAAGCAUGACCAAAUAGAAAACAUUGGGUGACACAAGAGGAGAGGUCCUUUACUUUCUUUGCUUUUUGCCUAGAGAGCCGAGUCCUCAGACCCCCCACAGAAGCAUCCAUUCACUGUCUUCUUGGUAUUCCGACCCAGGCACAGCAAGCCAUCGCAGAAAAUGACAAACCUUGUUACAUUAGUAAAAUGCAAAUCGAGUCGUUUGUUUGAUUCUUUUGGAUCUGUUAGUUACAUGUAAAAUUUGUCAUUUGGUAUCUUUACUUUUUUUUGUCGCUGUGUCUAACAUUAUAGUCAUAUUGUCCCUAGAUUUCAGGUCUGCUUAUAAAGACCCUUUCUUAUGAGUCUGUGGAACAAUGUGACUUCAGUAAAUGGAAAAGAGUGAGGUGAAAGCCCUUUUUUAGGGUUUUUAUUGAGUGUAAUGUUAAGUUGAGAAGGUCGGCGUGAAUAGUGUUGCGGCUUUGGGCCUCAGCAUUGGUAGUGAAACCCUAAAAAAAGUACAGAAUUUGUAAUGUAUUAAAUCAAAGAUGUUUUAAAAUCUUAAACAGGAAAGCAAAACUGCGUAUUUACCACAUUGUCCCUGUUACCACCGUGGAACUGAUUUAUUUGUUUCAUUCUUAUUGAAGAAUGUAGAUCUGCAACUUAUAGAUAUUUGAAAGCUUGGUUUCAAGGUACAGUUUUCCUCACAAUACACUGGCUAAAAUAAAGACUGCUCCUUUGUAUCACAUGUAACCCUGUUAUUGUUAAACUCAUUACAUCAUACGUAUAUACAUUGUUUCAUAUAUGUUUUUAUUUAUACACAUUAGAGAUGCUAAUAAAUUUUAUUUUUAAAAGUG